ACGAACGAGUUUUUCUCCAAUUCAUGGGAAGUGAAGUUUUUCAAUGCGUGUUGUUAUAACACAAAAAAUAAUACAUUUUCUAAAUUAAACAUACUUUGCUUUAGUUUUCUGCGCGAUUAUACGGUGUUUAAAGCUAUAUUGAUUUGCUUAACGAUUUUUAGAAAAAAGCAGAAGCAACAUUUUUUAAGGGUUAUCUAUAGAGGCAACAAGCAUCAAGCAAUAGCGAAAAAAAAUACAAAUGUCGGAGAACAAAGACGAGAUUUUGGCGACUUUUCAGAGCAUUACUGGAAUAGAUGAUGUUGGUGAAGCAUUUUCGCAUUUGGAGGAGACGAACUGGGAUCUAAUGGUUGCUAUACAGCGAGUCAUACCUCAGGAUGAUGUACCUUCACAUGGGCUAAAUCAAACAUCAGCGGUUAGGGAAAAUACAUCAGGUUUCUCGAACACAACGGCUCUUAACGAUUUAUCCACAAAUGCAGGAUCAUCUAACUGUCGCCAAUGGAGCGUUAAUAGUGCUUCCAAUCAGGGCUUAGAAGCUUCCACUUCUGCAGACGCUGAAAUAAUUGAUCUCACGUCAGAUAUGGAUUUGGACCCGGCAAGGCACAACGAUGUUAAAACUUUGGUGCUGAACAUACACUACAAUGAAUCAGUCUACACUAUUCGUCUGCCAUCAAUUGCUACAAUUGAACAACUGAAAUUGAAAAUAUCGGAAGAAACAAACGUACCGAUUUGUCGACAAGCAAUUCGCGGGUGGCCGCCAGCAAAACUACAGGAUGCUCGUAAAAUUACUACGCAGUUAUGCAAUUUAGACUUAGGUCCAGAAAACGAUUUAAUUUUGCACAACUUAAGCGAAGAAGGCUACGUUGACACAGAAAAUGAGGAAAUCGCACAUAGACUUCGCGACACAUUCAACUUGACCAUAGUAGAGCAACCGAGCGGUAAAACAAUAACUUUGCCGUUUUUAGGUAGUAGCACUAUUUUGGAAGUGAAGACAAAGGUGUACUAUGUCAGUAAUAUAAAUGUACGUAAUCAGGAAUGGGAAGGCUGGCCCUCUAACUGUGAUGACAACUUAACUUUAGCUCAAUCUGGUAUUGGUUUGUCUCAUAAUUUUACACUUCGAAAUGCAAGUGAUAAGAGUAUGGACAUCGUUGGAAAUUCUAACAACAUUAAUGCCAGCAAUAAUACCAUCGAGACUGACGACGACAACAGUUUAGACGACGAGGACGGAUAUGAUCCAUUGCAAGAUGAACAGCCUGUUCCUCCACGCAGUAGACACUUGAUUCCAAACAACAUUGGCAAUGAAUGUGCUGGUUCUAUAGAGUUUUUUGAUAACUACCGUGAACGUUUCGGAGAACCACAUCCCGUCUUUUAUGUCGGCAGUUUAGAAGAUGCAAUCAGAGAAGCUUGCCACAAACCUGCGCGUGAACGAAAACUGCUUGCAAUUUAUUUACAUCAUGGUGAUAGCAUUCUCACAAAUGUAUUCUGUGAUCAAGUAAUGAAAAACGAGAGAAUCAUUGAAGCAUUUGCACAAAAUUUUAUACUCUACGGAUGGGACUUAACAUUUGAAACGAACAAAAAUAUGUUUUUAUCUUCGGUCACUGCCUGUGUGAGUAAUACUGCAUCCAUAACGAUUAGUACAAAACCAGUAGACAAGCUGCCUUCGUUAUUAAUUAUUGGCAAAAGUCGGCUAUCUGGAAGGUCAUCGUGCGAGGUGAUUUCUAUUGUUGAUGGAAAUUCAGAUUUAAAUUCAUUUUUGUCGCGCCUCAUGGAUGCAGUGGAAAUGUACAAACUACAGUUGAAAGAUGAAAUACGCGAAGAAGAUGAACGAGCUGAACGUGAUCAAGUCAAGGCUGAGCAGGAUUUGGCCUAUCGUGAGACGUUGGAAGCUGAUAUGGCGAAAGAUGCUGCCAAGCGACAGAAAGAAGCAGCAAUCGCUGCAGAACGCAAACGAUUGGAGUCGGAAAAGGCAGAGGAAGAUGCGAAACGAGAAUCGAUACGAUUAGUGGCCCAACAAUCUCUGCCGCAAGAACCUUCAGAGUCUGAAACGAAUGUCUCCACAAUACGUAUUCAGAAACCCUCUGGGGAGUUUUUAGAACGAAGAUUCUAUAAAUAUAACACACUGCAGGAUAUCCUAAAUUUCGUAGCUGCGAAUAAUUAUCUUAUAGAAGAAAAUAAAUUAAUCCUUAUAUCGAGUUGGCCACGUAGCGACUUAACAGCUAUCGAUCCUAACAAAACGCUAGAAGAACUGAAAUUGUUUCCACAAGCGAAAGCCGUACUUGAAGAACGAUGAUUUUACAUUUACCGGGGGAAAACCAAUUUACACAUAAAAUAAUGUAAGAUGAUUUGUAAUAAAAAAAUAUGUGGUUUGUUUGUGGACGAACCAGCUAUCUAAAAACAUCAAAAUUAUUUUGAACUCCGUAAAACAAACUUCUUAAAAUAGAUUAAAACGUGUCAAGUAUAUGAAAAUAAAAAAAUACACAGGAAGAAAA